GGCUCUCUCCAGUCUCCCAGCUUUUCUUCUCUGGGGGUGCAAGGGCAGAGCAGGACCCUGAGACCGGAGGAUUUAGGGAUGCCCCCAGAUCUGCUAUUUAGUUUCGCGUUCCUCUAAGCCCUUCUGGAACCCGACGACUGAAAAAGUAUUUGGGGCUAGCGAACAGCCAGCGAGCUGUGGAGGAGGUGUGUGUUGGAGGUGGGCAGUCGCUGGGAGGCUCCAGUGGUGGGUACUUCUUCGUAGCAACAGUAGCAGCUAGCUUGGGCAAGCAGUCCCCAGCACAAACUCCAGAGACACCAUGCCUGCACCCCCACCUGGCCUCCGGCUUUCCUGCUAAGAGGAAGAGAGGCGGUGGCGAAUGCAUCCCGCUGUACAGAGCGAGAAUAGAACCUCGCGCGGGCACAGGAACCUGGGCGCACCAUGGCCGAUACAGAUGAGGGCUUCGGCCUGGCCCGCACUCCUCUGGAGCCUGAUUCCAAAGACAGGUCUUGCGAUUCGAAACCCGAGAGUGCACUGGGAGCUCCCAGCAAGUCUCCAUCUUCCCCGCAGGCCGCUUUCACCCAGCAGGGCAUGGAAGGAAUCAAGGUGUUUCUUCAUGAACGAGAACUAUGGUUGAAGUUCCAUGAAGUGGGCACAGAGAUGAUCAUCACCAAGGCAGGGAGGCGGAUGUUCCCUAGUUACAAAGUGAAGGUGACUGGCCUUAAUCCCAAAACGAAGUAUAUUCUUCUCAUGGAUAUUGUUCCCGCAGACGACCACAGAUAUAAAUUUGCUGAUAACAAAUGGUCCGUAACUGGCAAAGCCGAGCCUGCCAUGCCCGGUCGCCUUUAUGUGCACCCGGACUCCCCAGCAACCGGAGCCCACUGGAUGCGACAACUUGUCUCUUUCCAGAAACUCAAGCUUACCAACAACCACCUGGACCCCUUUGGACACAUUAUCCUCAACUCCAUGCACAAAUACCAGCCCCGAUUACACAUCGUGAAAGCAGACGAAAAUAAUGGGUUUGGUUCAAAGAAUACUGCAUUUUGCACCCACGUCUUUCCGGAGACAGCUUUUAUCGCUGUGACUUCGUACCAGAAUCACAAGAUCACACAGCUGAAAAUUGAGAACAAUCCCUUCGCCAAAGGCUUUCGGGGCAGUGACGACCUGGAGCUACACAGGAUGUCUCGGAUGCAAAGUAAAGAGUAUCCCGUGGUUCCUAGAAGCACCGUGAGGCACAAAGUGGCCUCCAACCACAGCCCCUUCAGCAGUGAGACCCGAGCUCUCUCCACCUCGUCCAAUUUAGGGUCGCAGUACCAGUGUGAGAACGGUGUCUCUGGCCCCUCCCAGGACCUUCUGCCCCCACCUAACCCAUACCCACUGGCCCAGGAGCACAGCCAAAUUUACCACUGUACCAAGAGGAAAGAUGAAGAAUGUUCCAGCACCGAGCACCCCUAUAAAAAGCCGUACAUGGAAACAUCCCCCAGCGAGGAGGACGCCUUCUACCGCUCGGGCUACCCUCAGCAGCAGGGCCUGAGUACUUCGUACAGGACAGAGUCGGCCCAGCGGCAGGCCUGCAUGUAUGCCAGCUCCGCUCCACCCAGCGAGUCAGUGCCUAGCCUGGAGGACAUCAGCUGUAACACAUGGCCCAGCAUGCCCUCCUACAGCAGCUGUACAGUCACCACCGUGCAGCCCAUGGACCGUCUUCCCUACCAGCACUUCUCCGCUCAUUUCACCUCGGGGCCUCUGGUCCCUCGGCUGGCUGGCAUGGCCAACCAUGGUUCUCCCCAGCUCGGUGAAGGGAUGUUCCAGCACCAGACCUCAGUGGCCCAUCAGCCUGUGGUCAGGCAAUGUGGGCCUCAGACUGGCCUUCAGUCUCCAGGCGGCCUCCAGCCCCCCGAGUUCCUCUACACUCACGGCGUGCCCAGGACCCUGUCCCCUCACCAGUAUCACUCGGUACACGGCGUUGGGAUGGUGCCAGAGUGGAGUGAGAAUAGCUAAAGGCCGACCUAUGCCAGAGAGGGGAUGGGGGGCGGGAG